CUCCCCCUCUGUCUUUUUCUCUCUCCCUUCCAAUGAUGAUAUUUUUAUUCUGUGGUAUUUGUUAUAGUUUGGCUCCUUUUGUUGUUUCCUGCUCUUCCGCCCAAAUCCAUUGAAUUCGCUACCUACUCGCAGAAACUUCCUCCAAAACCCUAUCGAAUUCCUCAUCGUCCAGCUCUAGAUCCAUCUCUUCUUCGUUUCGGCCUCUGGAUUCUCUGCUUCGAUCCUCGUUUCUUCCAUCUAGGGCUUCCUUUUUUCCGUCGUUGCCUUGAUGAUUUUGUUUGUUCUCAGCUUUGGUUUCGCUUUCGGUCUGCUUAGGUUUUAGUGCGGGAGCUGAAAUUGCCGUACCUUUUUUUUUCUUUUGUGUUUGUUGUUUGUUUUCCUGUUUUUUGAUUGGAAUUUUGCGAUGGAUGGUAAUAAUUGGAGGCCUGCUGCUCAAACUCAAGCUUCAGCUGCAGCUCCAGCUCAAGCUCAAGCUCAAGCUCAAGCUGAGCCACCAACCUCCAUGGACGCGGGCGAUUGGAGGACCCAAUUACAACCUGAUUCACGGCAAAGGAUUGUCAACAAGAUAAUGGAUACUUUAAAGAGGCAUCUUCCCUUUUCGGGCCAAGAUGGGUUGCAUGAAGUGAGGAAAAUUGCUGUCAGGUUUGAGGAAAAGAUAUAUUCUGCAGCGAUAGACCAGUCUGAUUAUCUGAGGAAAAUAUCUCUGAAGAUGUUGAUGAUGGAGUCAAAGUCUCAGAAUGCAAUACCAACGAAUGCUCUUGGUAGGGGCAAAAAUCCUGCAUCUCAUGGUAUGCAACCGCAAGUGCACACCCAAGGGGAGUUGCUUCCUAUUCCUGGGAUGAAAUUUUAUGAAGAAGAUCCAUGCUUGCAUGACCUAGUCUCCUAUGCCAUAGCCAACAAUUUUCAUUAGUGACAACUAAACACUUAAUGUUUCAAUUUGUGAUAUCAUCAAACUCAAUUGUAUAUAUGUUUGAUUCACGCUUUCCUAUGAGAAUGGUAUUUCUAUUUAAAUCAUUUAUUAAGCAUUUUGUGGAUUGGAUCUCAGUUUUUGACUUCUUCUGAUUGUUCCUCUUAUUUUUGAUUCUUUUAUCCUGAAUAGCAUCUCAUGGUAUGCAAUCGCAAGUGCACACCCAAGGGUAGUCGCUUUCUAUUCCUUGGAUGAAAUUUUAUGAAGAAGAUCCAUGCUUGCAUGACCUAGUCUCCUAUGCCAUAGCCAACAAUUUUCAUUAGUGACAACUAAACACUUAAUGUUUCAAUUUGUAAUAUCAUCAAACUCAAUUGUAUAUAUGUUAGAUUUACGCUUUCUAUGAGAAUGGUAUUUCCAUUUAAAUCAUUUAUUAAGCAUUUUGUGGAUUGGAUCUCA